GAUGAUUAUAAUGUAGAUGAUAUUCUCGAUAUGUAUGAUGGGGAUGAUGAUUAUGAUGAUGAUAGAGAUGAUGAUGAUGACGAUGAUAGAGAUGAUGAUGAUGAUGAUGACGAUCGUCAUGAUGAUUAUAAUGUAGAUGAUUAUCUCGAUAUGUAUGAUAGGGAUGAUGAAGAUAAAUCAACAAAUGAUGAUUCCUUCGAAAAAAAAAGGUACGAUGAAAGCAGUGAAGAUAAGAGUUCACUGAAAGUUUUCCUAGGCAGAGUUAUGGAGAAAUCCCUCCAAAGUAAAAAUGGCCACCUGGACCUGUUUGUUCGCUUCCUUCAUGGCCUCUGUCUGGACUCCAAUCACAGACUCUUAGGAGGCCUGCUGGGUCAGACGGACAACAGUUCAAAAUCCAUCCAGAGUGUCAUCGACAACCUGAAGAAAAUGAGUAGUGAGGAAAUCUCUCCUGACAGAAGCAUCAACAUUUUCCACUGUCUGAUGGAGAUGAAUGACCUCUCAGUCCAUCAGGACAUUCAAAUGUUCCUCAAGUCAGAUAACAGAUCAGAGGAGGAGCUAUCUGAGAUCCACUGCUCCGCUCUGGCCUACAUGCUGCAGAUGUCAGAGCAGGUUCUGGAUGAGUUAGACUUGAGGAAGUAUAACACAUCAGAGCAGGGAAGACUGAGGCUGUUCCCAGCAGUGAGGAACUGCAGAAAGGCUAUACUUCAUAACUGUGGACUCUUAGACCCUCAUUUUGAAGUUGUGGCUUCAGCUCUCAAGUCCGAACCCUCACAUUUGACAGUACUGGACCUGAGCAACAACCAUCUGCACGAUUCAGGAGUGGCGUUACUAUCAACUGGUCUGGACAGUCCAAACUGUAGACUGAAGACUCUGAGGUUAGUUUUCUGUAGGUUAUCAGAAAUCAGCUGUGCUUCCCUGAUUUCUACUCUAAAGUCCCGUCCAUCACAUCUGAUAGAGCUGGACCUUAGUUACAAUCACAAGCUACAGGAUUCAGGAGUGAUUCAGCUGUGUGGUUUCCUGGAGGACCCAGACUGUAGACUGAAGACUCUGAGGCUGAGUUGGUGCAGCUUGUCCAAGAUCAACUGUGCGUCUUUGGGUUUAGCACUGAAGUCCAACCCCUCUCAUCUGAAGCAUCUAGACCUAAGUGGGAACAACCUGCAGGAUUCAGGAGUGAUGGAGUUGUGUGGCUUCCUGGAGAGCUCACGCUGUAAACUGGAGACUCUGAGAUUGAGGGAGUGCAGGUUGUCAGCUGUGAGUUGUGCUUCUCUAGACUCUGCUUUGAGGUCCAGCCCCUCUCAUUUGAGGAUACUGGAUCUCUGUGACAACAGCCUGGUGGAUUCAGGAGUGAAGCAGCUGUGUGAUCUUGUGAACAGCCCAGAUUUUAAACUGGAGACUCUGAGGUGGAAACUAAGUGAUUAAGCAGAGCAGUCUGUGACUGGGGCAUGCAACUGGAAAGUUGAGUGGAGAAAAGAGCUUCAUCCAGCAGUGACUGACAUAGAAAUGAGAAGAAGUGCAGAUUACUGUCAUUGCUCCCGAUUGAACUGCUCUAACAGCACCACUGUUAUACACAACAAUCAUUCUUGAUCAUCCUUGAUUAUCCCUGAUCUUUGUGUCUGUCUUUAAAUGACUGUAAACUGUCAUUGUUGGAUUGCACUCAGAUUUCGCGACUGCAGCGGCAGGGAGUACACCAAAGGCAGACUGCAGUGGAAAACUGUCUCCAGGUGGAAAACGGGAGGAGUGAUACACCUCCUGCUGUCAGGCCUGCAGGGUCUAUCACUGUGGUGUUCUCCUCUGUCUUAUUGCAGACAAGCUAAUUUUUGCACUGGCACAAACAGUUUGUGUGCCUUCUUAUUGUGACACGUGAUUGUUCUUUCAUUUUAGUUUUUGUAUUUUUAACAAAAUACAAAAAACUCCAGAUGCAGUGGCUGCAGUUUUAGGAUCAUAGCUGUAUAUAACUUUGUUUACAAAAUUUGUGCAUAGUUUUUUUUAAUAUAAAAUUUCUAUUUGCAUUUCACAUUAUGGAAAUCAUUCAAUUCAAUUCACUAAGCAUGUCUGUGGUUUUACAGUAAAAAUGCUUGUUUUUCCCCACUUGGUUUUAAUGUUUUUUAUGUGAUUUUUAGAUCAGUUAUGUUAAAAAUAACUGUUAAUUCAGACAUGUGAGGUUGAGCUGAAAAGAAUGAUACCAAACAAGGCAAAAAAAUGUGAAGGUGAAAUACAAAGGUAAAACGAAAAGUAGGCAAAAAAAUGUGUUUGUAUAUGAACCACUUCAUGUUGUGUAUAUUUCCUGAUUUUGUACUCAAGCUACAUACUUAUUUCUUAUAUAGACUAUACAGUACAUAAAAUCAAAAUAGACAUGUUUUAUGUAACUGAAAUGUUGAAAUUAUGUGGGCUGAAGAAAAUAAAGUUAUAGACUAUAUUUAUAUGAAACAUG